CAGAAGGACACUGGUGGUUUCUGACACCAGAGGUGGGGGGUGAAGCCUAUUCACUGUCACCAGUAGUUACUUGUUGCCCGUCAAUUACCGUCAGCGGUCACAUAUUGCACCAGGCUGCAACAUCCACCACCACAACAGAGUCUCCACCACCAUGGCUAUCACUGACUUUCUCGCAGCCUCGGACAUCACUUCAGCUAUCAAUGCUUGUAAAGCGAAGGAUUCCUUUUGCCCGAAGAUGUUUUUCAAAACAGUGGGUUUAUCCAAGAAAACUCCAACAGAGAUCGAGAGGGUCUUUAAGAUUUUGGACCAGGACAAAAGCGGCUUCAUAGAACAGGAUGAGUUACAACUGUUCCUGCAGAACUUCUCCAAAGGAGCGAGGCCCCUGACUGCAGCUGAGACCAGAAGCUUCCUGCUGGAGGGAGACUCAGAUGGAGACGGGAAGAUCGGCUGGGAAGAGUUUUCUGCGCUGGUCAAGUCUUCAUAAAAAAACAUGCGUGACUCCUAUGAUUUGUUGUAUGGUGAUAAUCUCAGGACAGGUCUCUUUUUAUACUGUUAGCUAGCUACAGUA